AAAGAGCACCACGUAGCUUAUAUUUUUCUAUAUUGGGAGGCAAUGAUGAGCAGUUAAUUUAUCUACUCUGAGCCGUUUGUUUAAGUUCCCCAAAAGAACCAUUUCUCCAGAAGACAACCAAAUUCUCGUCGGAAAAACAGUAAGUAUGAGUGACAACCGGAGCCAAAGACGGCGGGUUAAUUCGGACGGAGAUUCGUCGGAGUCAGGAGAUUCUGGAAUAUACAAUGAGAGGAUUCUGAUCCUUGUAUUUGCGUCAAUGAAUUGGGAUAUCCGUACGCUCUGUCGAACGGCGUCGGUCAAUAGGAAACUCCGUGCAGUGGCGAGAAGGAUUUUAUGGAGAGAGCUAUGCGUGUAUCGAGCUCCACAUAUGAUAACGGCGUUAACUGAUGGAGCUCCGAGCGGUAGAAUUGGCGGGGGAUGGCAGGCGAUGGCAAAAUUGAUGUUUUUCUGCAACGGAUGCCAAUCGACCCGGCAUUUCCAAGUGGUUGAACCGGAACCGGGUCACUUCGUGAAAACAUCACGGUUUUCGAAAACGUCGGGUCGGAGUUUUUUGGUGAAGAAAUGUAGAAGUGAUCUGCUGUACGUGAGCGAUCCGUGUGAGCAUCCAACUGGGAAUGAUGAUUUGGGGCUAUUCAGAGGGGUAUUUUGGGGAUUUAUGAAGUCAAGGACAAGGGCGUGUUUGAUCCGAAGAAGGGUGGAGCUUGAAGAAGGAGCUAAGUGUCCAUUCUGUCGAGCUCGGGUUUGGAGUAUGACGGCGGCGCAGCUCAUACCCAAAAGUGCGGCUCGGCGGCUGGGUUCGAUGGAGACUGGAUUGGAGUACUUUGUGUGUGUGAACGGACACUUAUAUGGAGCUUGUUGGCUGGUUCCUUUAUCGUCUGAUGAAGAAAAGGACGGUGAUGGUGAUGAUGAAGAUGAAGAUGAAAAUAGCAGUGAGGAAACUGACCGGAGAUUCGACGGCGGCGAUUAUUUUCAUGGUGGGAAUCAGAUAAUGAUAAAUGGGUCUCUCAAUGGUUUGCAAUACGGGCUUACAGCUUGAUGGCGCCGCCGGAGGACGUGCUUUUCCGGCAGCUCUUUUUCGGCUUGAAAUUUUUUGUAGUUCAGCUUGUUAUGUUAAUCGAAUCAAAAUUUUCAGUUUUUUCGGUUAA